CUCAGUCUCGAUCCGCGAUCUGCCGAGUGAUCCACGCGAUCGACGACCGCACGUAAGACUUUCGCUUAGGCUCGAUCGUUUCGUCGAGCGUCCAACCUCUAAAAGUCUCCCGCUAUGAAUUGUAUCGGUGAAGUUUUGAGGGCAGAAACACAUCGUUGAUCCGCGAGGAAUUUAUUUUCUUCUGUUUUUUCAGUCGAAAUCUAGACCAAGCAAGAUCAAACGAUCCCGCGUUGGACGAAGGAGGCAAUCGCGAGCGACCGUUGAAACUGAUAAAACUGACUAUACUACGUAUUGGAAGCAGCGCGACUAUAAUUAAAGAUGCGAGAGGGAUAAACGACGAUCGACCGAUAAACGCGUUCGCCGAUAAACCGCGCGAAUUAUUCGCGCGCGACUAUUAAAUCCAUUGCGGAUGCAAUAAACCGGAUCCGUCUUGUGAAAGCACCCGUCUUGUGACACCAAAAUGAACGUGCGUACGUCCGAGAUACGAGAUAUACCAAUAGAGUAUACCAAAUGUAAUAAAACGUCGAGAAGUUUUUUUAAAGAAUGAUGGAGUAAUAUGUGACGUGCGACGAGAAGAAGGUUCUUCACCUAAAAAAAUACUUGACUCAAUCAACAAUUUUCGAUUGGAAAAUACAGCUUUAUUUUUUCAACGAUUUCUUCCAUUCCAGUUCCAACGAGUUCAAAGACAUUUAAGCGUUACGGGCUACUAAAAAACAGUCUGUCUGUAGUGUCUGCGUACUCCGUGAACGUCGAGUGUGGGUCGAAGACUCGAUUACGACGAGACGUAUCUUCUUCAAAUGGAGAUAGAAGAAAGAGACGGAGAGAACAGAUAGAAAGGGAGCGAGAGAGUGUCGUAUCAGCGAGUGGGGAUUUCUGAUAAAGACAGACCAACUGAGAGAAAAGGCAGAGAGACUGGGAGGAAAAAAUACAAAAAAAAAGAAGGGAAAAAGAGAGGGAGAGAGUGCGCGUGAUAUGUGAAAAGAAGAGAGAGAGAGAGAGAGACUGACUGAUCGCUAAUGAUAGAUGUUUUAUCUGCCGGACGAGUGGGCCCGGACUGAACACGGGCCCUCUCUCAUCGAAAGAGUGGCAAGUUUCCGUAGUUUGAUUCUUCAUUCGACGAGUGACGGGUGCAGUCGAUCCGCGUUCCUCCUCUGGUCGUCCGGAGGACGACAAUCGACACGACUUCGCUGAUUACAGCACGCACCAGUCGCCGCGCCUCCUUUCUCGUCCGCCGCCUCUAUCCGCGUUUCUCUGCCUCGGACGAGCCGCGAUCUCAUCUUUCUCUUUUUUUUUUCCCUCUUGGCACUUGGCAGUCGCCUGCGAUUCGACAAAACGAGGAAUCUCGUCCCAGGAAGACCGAUACAGUGGUGACGUUGCGCGAUCGGCAGCCGCGACCAACUACGUGCUGGCUGGACUCGCGAACGCUCCACUUCGGAAUCGAUCAUGGAUGACGAGAAGCUUAAACUGUUCAAGGAUAAGGCGAUUUAUGGCUAUGGAACAAGUAUUCCCCCGAAUAACAACGAGGAUGAAGAAAACGAGAUGUCACCUCGGAAGGUCAUCUUCUGCGUCCAUGGAAAAUUAUCAGGUUGUUGUACGGUGGUGAAAGGUUCUAGCGACGAAAAUACAACCACAGAGUACCAACAAAAUCUGACAAUGCCUCUUGAAGAUCAUUGUCACAGAGAGAGAAAUGAAGAAAUCGACAAGAAAGCUCGAAAGAAGUUGCUGAUUGCCAGUGUACUCUGCGUUAUUUUCAUGAUAGCAGAAAUCGUCGGCGGAGUAUUAUCGAAUAGUUUGGCGAUAGCAACUGAUGCCGCGCAUUUAUUGACUGACUUUGCGUCUUUUAUGAUAUCUCUUUUUUCCAUUUGGGUCGCUAGCAGACCAGCCACUAGAAAAAUGCCAUUUGGUUGGUAUCGAGCAGAAGUCAUCGGAGCGUUGACUUCAGUUUUGUUAAUAUGGGUAGUUACCGGCAUCUUAUUCUACCUUGCGAUAGAAAGAAUCGUUCACAAGGACUUUGAGCUGGACGCCACGGUAAUGCUGAUCACGUCUGCAGUUGGUGUUGCGGUAAAUCUAGUAAUGGGCCUAUCGUUGCAUCAGCAUGGCCAUAGUCACGGUGGACACAGCCAUGGUGGACAUAGCCACGACAGGAAUAAUGACGUGGAAAAUGAGCUUGAUGAUGAUCUUAAAAAAGAGCAUUUAAAAAAGAACAUUAACGUGCGCGCCGCCUUCAUCCACGUUUUGGGUGAUUUUAUUCAGAGCAUAGGAGUAUUCAUUGCUGCUUUAGUCAUUUAUUUUAAGCCAAGUUGGAACAUAGUGGAUCCAAUAUGUACAUUUCUCUUCUCCAUAUUAGUCAUCCUCACUACGGUGGCGAUUAUUAAAGACGUAGUUAACGUCUUAAUGGAAGGAAUACCCAAGGGUUUCGAGUAUUCUCAAGUUGAGAACACUUUUAUGCAAAUAGAUGGAGUCGUUAAGGUCCACAAUCUUAGAAUUUGGGCGCUCUCGCUCGACAAGACCGCUCUAUCGGCACAUCUAGCUAUAAAACCUGGGACGAGCCCUCAGAAUAUUUUGCGCACCGCCACACGGAAUAUUCACGACAAAUACAAAUUCUUCGAAAUGACGUUGCAGAUAGAGGAGUUCAACGAGCGAAUGGAAAAUUGCAAGCAAUGCAAAGCGCUGUCACAAUAAGUUACUGCAAUUGUACUUAUAUACGUGUCUUAGUCACGAUAUAAGGAAUAUAAUGUGCAACGAAGAUACCCAGAUAAGAAAACAAACGUUUAAGCAAAAUCGCGCGAAUCUACGAUUGUUUAUGAUGCUGAUAACUUGCCUUACAUUUAUCUUUAAUGAUUUAAAAAAAAAAAAAAAUAUAUAUAUAUAUA